AUGUUGUUUACACCCCCUCUGCCACGUCCUGCGCAAGAAGCAUCAUCUCCUGAAAAGGCCGACACGUCAUUAUCGGCAUUACCAACAUCAGAUACACCUUCGGUACUCGAUACUAAAUGCACUGACAAUCGACCUCGUGCUGUCUCAACAUCGUACAAUGUUACGCAUAAUAGCAAUGGUCCACAAGAUAAUCGUUUCUUAUCUACUAGCCAAAAUCGUUGUUCUCAACUACCAGAUCAAGAUUGGUUCUAUUCUCCGUCUCUCCCUUCACCCUCUCGUCCAACAGUUCAUCAUUUAUCACCUACACCUUCGAAAAUACCCUCUGUGAAAUCAUCAGCUGCGAGUGGUCGACGUGUUUCUUGUCCAGUUGCGCGACAUCCAAGUAAAAAAGAAAGUCGCUUUCGCUUUCCGACCAGUAUAACGUCAUCGAUUCGUGAUGCCCUAAUGACAAAUAUACAUUCAACAAAUACAAAUGAUAUCUCGCAUACUCCCAAGAUACCAUCAAUGGGAAGCACUCGAUUAAGUAGUUCUUUUCUGCCAGUUGCAAAUCCAGUUGCCGCAGCUGCUCUAAUCGAAGAUGAUGAAACAACAAGUGAAGAACAAGCAACUAAAUCUAUCACACCAUCUAUAGAUACACCUCGAGGUAGCGCGCGUUCGCAUCGUACACCCACUGAAUGCUCGGCAAGUAUCGCUCCGAAUCUUAUGUCUGGUAACAAAGCGAUUUUAAAUGUCGGUGGCGUUCGACACGAAAUACUAUGGCGUACGCUUGCUCGUUUGCCGAGUACUCGUCUCGGCCGUUUAGCCCGAUUACGUAAAUCAACGAAUCUGUCAACACGUCCGAUGUCACAUGAUGAAAUAAUGCGUUUAUGUGAUGACUAUGACCUCUCGAAUGGAGAGUUUUUCUUCGAUCGUCAUCCUCGCUCAUUUACAUCCGUUAUUAAUUUCUAUCGAACAGGCAAACUCCAUCUAGUCGAUGAUAUUUGCGUUAUAUCAUUUCACGACGACCUAGUUUACUGGGGCAUCGAUGAGUAUUAUUUAGAAUUAUGUUGUCAAAAUAAGUAUCAUCAGAAAAAGGAACACGUGCUUGAAGAAAUGAAGAAAGAGGUCGAAUUGUUGAAAGUUGAAAAAGGAGAAACAUUCGGUGAACAUUGUUGUCCGAACACUCGACGAAGGAUUUGGGAUCUCGUUGAACAUCCACAUACAUCGAAAGCAGCACGAGUUAUUGCAUUUGUCAGCAUUGCCUUUAUUCUUUUAUCAUCAUUCACUCUGACAAUAAGUACAAUCGAGGGUAUUGGCUGUGCUCCAAACAUUACCGAAGCAGAUGUUUCCAUGGAACAAGCGGCAGGAGUUGCUGAUGUCGAUGCUGUUCGAAUAGCUGCCCAAGCUGCAGCGCGAGAAUUAACAGCAGAACAUCAUGAAACUGAAAGUGAUUGCCGUGAACCAUUACCACUUUUCAUUAUUGAAGCAUUGUGUAUAUCAUGGUUUACCAUGGAAUAUCUAAUACGCGUCUAUGCUACACCUAAUAAAUGUAAAUUUUUCAAAGGUGUCCUGAAUACUAUUGAUUUAAUUGCCAUCGUUCCCUUUUAUGUAUCGAUUAUUCUUGAAACAUUAGAUACAGGGAAUCUGAAAAAUUUAAAAUCGGUUCGAAAAGCUGUACAAGUGUUUCGUGUGCUACGAAUUAUGCGUAUACUCAAACUAGCACGACAUUCAACAGGUCUUCAGUCAUUAGGUUAUACCUUGAGACGAAGUUAUAAAGAAUUAUCGAUGCUAUUGAUGUUUCUGGCCAUAUUUAUUUUAUUAUUUUCAAGUUUAGCUUAUUUUGCUGAGAAAGAUGGUAAUGCGAUUCAAUUUCGUUCGAUACCACAUGCUUUUUGGUGGGCGAGUAUUACAAUGACAACCGUUGGUUAUGGUGAUAUCUAUCCGAAAUCGAUGUGGGGUAAAUUAAUUGGUUCUGUUUGUUGUGUAUGUGGUGUACUUGUUAUUGCCCUACCGAUUCCAAUUAUAGUUAAUAAUUUCGCGGAAUACUAUAAGGAACAAUUACGUCGUGAAAAAGCUAUGAAACGCAAAGAAGCUAUUGAUCGUGCUAAGAAGAAUGGUUCGAUCGUUUCCAUUCAAUCACAAGGUUUAGCCAAUUCAAGGUUGUCGACUGGAGAUACCCAAGGACGACGAACAAGUACAGCCAAAUGUCGUUCAAGUCUGGUGCAAUCGACAGAUGAACCGUUACAUGAUCCUGCGUGUUACGAGAAGAAAGUGCCGGUAACAUCAAUAAAACAGUUGCCACUUUCAAUUGAUCUUUUUCCGGAUGGAAAUGAGAAUGUUAAAAUCCAAGAAGAUGAUGUUCAAGAAGCCUUACUUACUGUGCAAGAUAAUCCAACAGUUGAGGAAGGAAAGAGUGUGACAUCGUAUAAAACUUAA